UGAUUGCUGUUCUUAGUGCUUCUGCUUCAAGCCUUCAACCUCAAGUGGAUUGACUCGCCAUAGGGUUCACUCCCGAGGAUCCUUUAAUAAUUUGUUUACCUUCCUUAUCAUGCAGUGGCCAUCCGAUGCCUGCCGGUUGGUUUUUUGAAGUUCAUGAUCCAUCUUCAAAGUCCAGCAUGGCCUUGACGUUCAGUGAUAGUCACUGAUUAUAUAUGUCAGUUUUGUCACCAACGAUUACUUAAUUUUUUCAAAAAAUUAUGUAAUCAAAAUCUAAAAUUUUACUGAUAUUAGAAAUGAAAGUUCAACAAAUAGGAUCUAUAGGAAAGGACAACUUAGUUUAGUUCAUGAAAGGAAAUUAAGAAAUACAAAUAAUUAAAUAUAUUCUGCUGUAAUACUGAAUAGUUGUAAAGCACACGGACUCUUUAACUAAAUAUAUAAUUUAACUUCUCAAGUGUUGCUCCCAUGUGAUAUGCAAAUUUCAUCUCUAUAAAUAGACCAAAUGGCCUAAGCUGGUUAUGCGUCAACACAUAAACAUACUCAUCUUCGACUAUAUAUUAUAAAUUACAAAUUUAUUUUUCUAAUUCUCGUCUGGGAUAUUUUAUCAAUGGCGCGAAUUAAUGUUUACCUUUUUGCAUUUAUCUUGCUUUUGACUAUCAAACAAGAGUUUUGUUCCGUUGAAGGCCGAACACUCGCUAAGUCCACCGUUGUUAAGGCUGAGGAAAUCGGCGCUGAUGGCUCUGUGCCGCUAUUACCAUCGGCUGAGCCACUCCAGCCACCACCGAGCCACGGGGUUGAUACCUUCAGGCCCACGGUACCUGGAAAUAGCCCUGGUAUUGGACAUUCCGUGCACAAUUAACGGAGAGGGACAAUAACACGGUUUAUGUGAUUAUAAAUCAGUGUUAUUUGGUGUUCAAAAAAAAUUUAGUGUCAUUUAAAAAGAAUAUUUGGUCCCUUAUUGAACAUAAUUAAGAUUGUGCUGAUGUUGUUAUUGUUGUUGGUUUUUUUUUAAUAUGGAAUUUGGAUCAUCUAUGUAUAUCUAUGUACUGUUUCAUCAUAUUCAGUUUUUGUUGAUUUUGUUAUUGCAAUAAUAUUUAGUUUCUUUUUUGCUAAAGUAAUAUUCCUUCCGUUUCUUAGUAUAUGAUUUUUGAGAAGUUUUUGAUGUUUCUUUAAAUGAUAUUAUUUUUAGAUAAAAACAACUUUCUUAAUUGUUUUUUUUUUCAAUUGUUGCGCAUAUGUCUAAAACAUCAUACAUUUGAUACGGAGGGAGUGUGUAGUAAAAACAGUGUUUUUAAUAUACCACCAUUUAUCUCGUAUAUUUUCAACUUUAAACCUAAGCUAUUAAUCGAGACAUUUUCUAUUAUUGCAGCAUGACUGAAUCAAACUUAACUAAACAUCACUUAACCGUUGCAAGGAUCUGCUAACACAAGUGGUGAUGUCACCUUUGUAAGAUCUUUGAGCAGGGGAGUUCGAUUUCAUCUCCUCUCAAAGUCGACCGUAACGCAAUAAUAAAACGGCUCUGUAGGGUUUCAUUCUUUUUUUUUUUUGUUCACCCUGUAGGGUUUCAUUCCCU